UCUGUCACCAGGUGGUGCCACCAGUCUGUUGACCCUUAAGCUUAAAUUAACUUUCCUGUAUUAUCCUCAACAUAUCCCAGGACACAAGCAGGGUGAAUUCUUCAAGAGAAGACAAAAACUCCAAGAACAGCUAGGCCUGCUGCCAGGACCCAGAUAAGAAACCCAAGGACCACAACAGUGAAACUGGUUUGCACAGGGAAGAUCCAAGAUAACAUCUGAAACCCCUUUUCCAAGAGACCUUUUGAUGACCUUUCCUUCAUAAGCAUACUAAAGACACACUCAAAACAGUAGCCUUGGGCUCAGGCACUGGAUUGUCCAGAGCUGAAGAGGUCCACAGAAGCCGUGGAACACAGGUCAGAUUCUUCGGCAAUUUCCAGGAGCUUGGGAGGCUGAGGUACCUGCCAAGAUGUUCCGGUUACAAGACCCACAAGUGCUGCAGAUGCUUGAGAAAUCCUUGAGGAAGUUCCUUCCCGAGUCCUUAAAGGUUUAUGGGACUGUCUUCCACAUGAACCAGGGAAACCCAUUCAACCUAAAGGCCUUGGUGGACAAGUGGCCAGAUUUUAAUGUAGUGGUUACCCGUCCUCAGGAGGAGGACAUGAGAGAUGAUUUUGAUCAUUACACCAACACCUACCAAAUCUAUUCUAAGGAUCCCAAGAACUGUCAAGAAAUCCUUGGCAGGUCAGAUGUCAUCAACUGGAAACAACAUUUACAGAUCCAAAGUUCACAGUCCAGCCUGAAUGAAGCCAUACAAAAACUUGCAGUUAUUAAACAGGUCCAGGUCAAGCAAACACAAUGCAUCCUCUACAUGGAGUCCAAGACGGCAAGAAGACUGCUCCCUUCUCUGCCAGAGACAAACAUUAAAUUUAGCAAAGUCAAAGCCCUCAACAAAGACAUGUUUCAAAUCUCAUCCCUCAAUGUUGCCCAUGCUGCUCUGGUGAAUGAAUUCUGGCAUUUUGGUGGCAAUGAGAGGAGCCAGAGAUUCAUCGAGCGCUGCAUCCAGAACUUCCCCACGUCUUGUCUGCUGGGGCCUGAGGGGAACCCUGUGUCCUGGGGCCUAAUGGACCAGACGGGAGAGAUGCGGAUGGGAGCCACCAUACCUGAGUACCGAGGCCAGGGUCUCAUUUUCUAUGCCAUGUCUGCUGUUUUUGAGAUUCUGGGGAAACGAGGCUUCCCAAUAUAUUACCAUACAGACAAAGCCAACAAUAUCAUACAGAAAGUCAGUGAUAAUCUGUCCUGUAUCCUCAUGCCUUGUGACUGGAACCAGUGGAAAUGUGUGCCUCUGUGAAGCACCCCUGAAUACAAGACAAUGUUGGGUGGGCUGGUCAUUUAGCAAGAGGAACAUUAGGGUGGAAGGAGAGAAAAAAAUAAAUGAUGACC